AUGAUCAAAUCAUCAAUGUUUGAUAAAGCUACACCCAUCAUGAUUGCACAAUUUAUAAUUCUAACAAUUUUUCUUCAAAUCAACUUCAUCAAUAGUUUGUCUCAUCCUUUAGACCCUCUCUCACCUACAGAAAUCAACAAAACAAGACACAUAAUUCAACAAUCAUACCUUGGUGCUAUUCCUAAUAUUACCUAUCAUUUUGUUGAUGUUGAAGAACCAAACAAAAACAAUGUCCUAAAGUGGUUAUCUUCAACUACAAAACAAAAGCCUAUUAUUCCUAGACAAGCCAAAGUAGUUGUUAGAGCCAAAGAUGAAACACAUGAACUUGUUGUUGACAUAACAAAAGGUUCAAUUGUCUCAGAUAAAAUCUAUAAAGGUGAUGGAUACCCUCCUUUUACCUUUAAUGAACUUUUUCAAGCUAGCAAACUGCCUCUUAAAUAUUCAAAAUUCAAAGAGUCAAUUACCAAAAGAGCCUUGAAUUUGUCUCAAGUUUCUUGUGUACCAUUUACAAUUGGUUGGUAUGGAGAAAAAAUCACAAGGAGAGCCCUUAAAGUUUCAUGCUUCUAUAGGGGUAAAUCAGUAAAUAUUUGGGCAAGGCCUAUUGAAGGAAUCACAUUGCUAAUUGAUGUUGAUUUAAUGAAGAUUACUAUGUAUAAUGAUAGAUAUAGGGUACCUAUGCCUAAAGCUGAAGGUACAAAUUUUCAAUCUUCAAGUAAAAAUGGUAAAAUAUUUGCUACAUGUAACAUAUCAAAUAUUGGAUUUACCAUAAAAGACCAUGAAGUGAAAUGGGCUAAUUGGGCUUUUCAUGUUGGGUUUAAUGCUAGAGCUGGAAUGAUUAUAUCAACUGCUUCUAUAUUUGAUGAUAAAAAACAAAAGUUUAGGAGAGUGAUGUAUAGGGGUCAUGUAUCUGAGACAUUUGUUCCUUACAUGGAUCCUACAAAUGAAUGGUAUUUUAGGACUUUUAUGGAUGUUGGGGAAUUUGGUUUUGGACGUUCAGCUGAUAGCUUGCAACCCAAGGUUGAUUGUCCAAGCAAUGCAGUUUAUAUGGAUGGGUUUAUGGCUGGUCCUAAUGGAGAGGUGCAACAAGUACCAAGGGCUAUUUGCAUUUUUGAGAGACAUUCUGGUAAUGUUGCUUGGAGACACAUGGAAAUCAAUAAUCCUACAAAAUUGAUAAGAGAUGGAGAGGCUGAUAUUACUUUAGUGGUAAGAAUGAUUGCUACUGUGGGUAACUAUGAUUAUGUUCUUGAUUGGGAAUUCCUUAAAAGUGGCAGCAUAAAAGUUGGGGUGGCUCUAACUGGUGUAUUAGAAAUGAAAGCAGUACCAUAUACACAUAAAAAUCAAAUACAAGAAAGAGUAUUUGGAACAUUGGUGACAGAAAACACCAUAGCCAAUUUUCAUGAUCACCUUGUAACAUAUUAUCUUGACCUUGACAUUGAUGAUAAUGCAAACUCUUUCAUCAAUGCAAAGGUUCAAAAGGUUAAAGCAAAUGGGUUUGGAACACCAAGAAAAAGUUACUGGACUGUUGUUAAAGAAGCCGCUAAGAGCGAAGCUGAGGCUAGAAUUAGGCUCGGCUUGGAGCCAGCUGAGCUGUUAAUAGUUAACCCUAAUAAAAUGACAAGGUUAGGAAAUCAAGUGGGUUACAGGCUGAUUAGUGGUCAGCCGAUAAUUUCUCUAUUGUCUGAUGAUGAUUAUCCACAGAAAAGAGCUUCUUAUACAAAGUAUCAGGUGUGGGUUACUCCUUAUAAUAAGUCAGAGAGAUGGGCUGGUGGGUUCUAUGCUGAUAGAAGCCGUGGAGAAGAUGGCUUAGCUAUUUGGAGCCAGAGGAACAGAGAGAUUGAGAAUAGAGACAUAGUGGUAUGGCACACAAUUGGGAUCCAUCAUGUUCCUUAUCAAGAAGAUUUUCCAGUAAUGCCAACAGUUCAGGGUGGAUUUGAACUGAGACCAGCUAACUUUUUCGAAAGCAAUCCAUUGCUUUGAGUAUAAAGUACAGCUUUAUUGCAAAUUGCAAGCAUAUAUAUAUGUUCAGCUAAUUAACCAAACUAAUAAA